GGAUAAUCUUUAUAGAUACAAUUUAGCCAAAAGUCUGUUUAUAAUGACGAAUAGUGAAUGAAGAAACUUACAUUUUGCAUUAGUGAAUGAGCUUGUCUUUCUCUUUUCCCCCCGAAUAGGAAGCGAAAAGGCCGAGGCAUCAGUGUAUGAAGACCGCAAAGACAAUCCCGCGUACAGUUGUGAACGGCAUCCCUGCUAGGCUCCUCCUGCAGAUCAUCUGAAAUGAACCUCUCUUAUUGAUUUUUGUUGGCCUAGAGCCAGGAGGACUGCAUUCGGUUGACUUUCAGGGUGAAACGAAAACAGUCCUGGGUGUUGUCAUCGUACACAUAUGGACCAGUGUGAUGGUGAAAUGAGAUGAGGCUCCGCAAUGGAACUGUAGCCACUGCGUUAGCAUUUAUCACUUCCUUCCUUACUUUGUCUUGGUAUACUACAUGGCAAAAUGGGAAAGAAAAGAUUGCUUUGUAUCAACACAGGUUUCUGGCUAUGAGGAGGGAGGAGAGAGCUGCAAAACAGCAAAACAGUAAAUUAAACAGUAAGUUGAACAGCAUAGAGGCGGAGUUUUACCGUGUUGGCCAGGAUGGCUCAGGAUCAUCAGUCUCCCUCUCUGAAUUUAGUAAUAAUACCCUGAAGCUGUUAAAGGAGUUAACAAGCAAAAAAUCUCUUCAAGUGCCAAGUAUUUAUUAUCAUUUGCCUCAUUUAUUGAAAAAUGAAGGAAGUCUUCGACCUGCUGUGCAGAUUGGCAGUGGAAGAACAGGAGUUUCCAUAGUCAUGGGCAUUCCCACAGUGAAAAGAGAAGUUAAAUCUUACCUCAUAGAAACUCUUCAUUCCCUUAUUGAUAAUCUGUAUCCUGAAGAGAAGUUGGACUGUGUGAUAGUAGUCUUCAUAGGAGAGACAGAUAUUGAUUAUGUACAUGGUGUUGUAGCCAACCUGGAGAAAGAAUUUUCUAAAGAAAUCAGUUCUGGCUUGGUGGAAGUCAUAUCACCCCCUGAAAGCUACUAUCCAGACUUGACAAACCUAAAGGAGACAUUUGGAGACUCCAAAGAAAGAGUAAGAUGGAGAACAAAGCAAAACCUAGAUUACUGUUUUCUAAUGAUGUAUGCUCAAGAAAAGGGCAUAUAUUACAUUCAGCUUGAAGAUGAUAUUAUUGUCAAACAAAAUUAUUUUAAUACCAUAAAAAAUUUUGCACUUCAACUUUCUUCUGAGGAAUGGAUGAUUCUAGAGUUUUCCCAGCUGGGCUUCAUUGGUAAAAUGUUUCAAGCGCCGGAUCUUACUCUGAUUGUAGAAUUCAUAUUCAUGUUUUACAAGGAGAAACCCAUUGACUGGCUCUUGGACCACAUUCUCUGGGUGAAAGUCUGCAACCCUGAAAAAGAUGCAAAACACUGUGAUAGACAGAAAGCAAAUCUGCGAAUUCGCUUCAGACCUUCCCUUUUCCAACACGUUGGUCUGCACUCAUCACUAUCAGGAAAAAUCCAAAAACUCACGGAUAAAGAUUACAUGAAACCGUUACUUCUUAAAAUCCAUGUAAACCCACCUGCAGAGGUGUCUACUUCCUUGAAGGUCUACCAAGGGCAUACGCUGGAGAAGACUUACAUGGGAGAGGAUUUUUUCUGGGCUAUCACGCCGAUAGCUGGAGACUACAUCUUGUUUAAAUUUGAUAAACCAGUCAAUGUAGAAAGUUAUUUGUUCCAUAGCGGCAACCAAGAACAUCCUGGAGACAUUCUGCUAAACACAACUGUGGAAGUUUUGCCUUUUAAGAGUGAAGGUUUGGAAAUAAGCAAAGAAACCAAAGACAAACGACUAGAAGAUGGCUAUUUCAGAAUAGGAAAAUUUGAGAAUGGUGUUGCAGAAGGAAUGGUGGAUCCAAGCCUCAAUCCCAUUUCAGCCUUUCGACUUUCAGUUAUUCAGAAUUCUGCUGUUUGGGCCAUUCUUAAUGAGAUUCAUAUUAAAAAAGCCACCAAGUGAUCAUCUGCUGAGAAACCAACACAUUUUUUCCUGUGAAUUUGUUAAUUAAAGAUAGUCAAGCAUGUAUCUUUUUUUUUUUUAUUUCUACUUGAACACUACCUCUUGUGAAAUCUACUGUAGAUAAGACAAUUGUCAUUUCCACUUGGAAAGUGAAUCUCCCAUAAUAAUUGUAUUCGUUUGAAACUAAGCUGUCCUCCGAUUUUAACUUGACUCAAACAUUUUUCAAUUAUGACAGCCUGUUAAUAUGACUUGUACUAUUUUGGUAUUAUACUAAUACAUAAGAGUUGUACAUAUUGUUACAUUCCUUAAAUUUGAGAAAAACUAAUGUUGCAUACAUUUUAUGAAGGGGGUACUUUUGAGGUUCACUUAUUUUACUAUUAUAGACCCUCUUUUAUAGAUUAUCAGGGAUUAUAUAUAUAAAUAUAUAAAUAUACAUAAAAAUGUUAUGGAAUUAAUUUAUUAGAAACACUUAAGAAGUACAUAUUUUUGUGCAGUAGAUUUUUGAAUCGAUACUUUUUUUGAAAACCAGUUACCUUGCUUUUUUAAGUUCUUUCUAUAUUUUUCUUUGGAAAUGCAAACAUUACAAAUCAAUGCCAUUUUUCAAAUACACUGCCAUUUAAGAUUGAUUAUAGAUGGAUUUCUUAACUGAAGUACUUUUAUAAUCACAGUGACUGAACAAAAUAUUUUCAAAGACAUUUGUCAUUCCUUAAAAGCCAAUAUUUUAAAGACUAAUGUCCUUCCUGAGGGUUACUUUACUAUACUGUGUAUGGUGUAUAGCCACAGAAAGUCAGUCUGAUAUAUUUUCAAUGUGUAAGUGUGAUGCAUUCAACCCAGAUUAUUGUAGACUUAACUUAUUAUAUUUCCUCUGAUGUGUAAAAUGACAAACUCUUCUUUCGUUUUUAAUCUUUGUCUUUAAUCCAUGAAUUAGGUGCGUUAUCUCCUGUUGAUUCUUUUAUAUCUGCACUCAUUUGAUGAGUUCUGACAAAUGUUUUCUAGGUGUUGCUAUUGUAUGAGUCAUAAUUGGUAUAAUUUUAAAGAAAAAUUGUAAUAUUGGUUUUUGGCGAAAUAUAUUAGUAGUAGUAUAUUUUCCAAAAUGAUUUUAUUGUAGUAUGAACUGCUAAGUGAGUCCCGUGUCCAGGAGAGUGUAUUUAUUACCCUUAAACAUGCAAUUCCAAAUGAUAUUACUGCUAUAAACAAAGAAUAUUACCGGUCUCCGCAA